AUGCAUCCAGACCCUGGGUCCUUAGAGACGCUGCUGUGUGGAACUCUUCUGAUUCUGUGCUCUUCUGUAAGUGCAGACUUGACACCUUCUUUUAUUUUGGAACCACUCUCUGUUGUCCAGAAACUUGGUGGACCAGUAGUACUACAUUGCUCUGCUAAGCCUGGGACCGUUCAUAUCUCAUGGUUACUUAAUGGAAAAAGGUUGGAUAGAAACAUGGAACAGAUUAUGAUUCAUCAGGGGACUUUGACUAUUCUUUCUCUUAACCCCUCCCUUUCGGGUUACUACCAGUGCAUUGCCAAUAAUAGCAUCGGUGCAAUUUUGAGUGGUCCUGCCACAAUAUCCACAGCAGUUCUUGGUGAUUUUGGUUCAUCAACAAAGAAUAUUAUUACAGCCGAGGAAAAAAGUACUGGAUUUAUUGGCUGCAAGGUACCAGAUAGUAACCCCAAAGCUGAGGUGCGCUAUAAAAUCCGGGGAAAAUGGCUGAAACAUUCCACAGAUAAUUACUUAAUCCUUCCAUCAGGAAAUCUUCAGAUUUUGAAUGUAUCUUUAGAGGACAGGGGAUCAUAUAAAUGUGCAGUGUAUAAUCCUGUGACACAGGAACUGAAAGUUGAACCCAUUGGCCAAAAGCUCCUUGUGAGUCGCCCUUCUUCAGAUGAUUUUUACAUUCUUCACCCCACUCUUUCUCAGUCACUAGCUGUUCUUUCUCAUAGUCCUGUAACCCUGGAGUGUGUAGUGAGGGGAGUCCCCAUUUCUCAAGUGUACUGGUUGAAGGAUGGCCAGGAUGCUGUGCUGGGAAGCAGUUGGAGACGGUUGUAUUCGCAUCUUACCACGGAUAGCAUUGACCCAUUGGACUCUGGAAACUACUCUUGUGUGGUGGGAAACAAGUCUGGGAACCUAAAGCAUGUGACUUACAUGGUGAAUGUUCUUGAACAUGCUUCAAUUUCUAAAGGACUGCAGGAUCAGACAGUGUCUCUGGGUGCCACAGUACAUUUUUCUUGUGAUGUUCAUGGUAACCCAGUCCCCAACUGUACCUGGUUUCAUAAUGCACAACCUGUUCAUCCUUCUCCACGCCAUCUAACUGCAGGAAAUGGAUUGAAAAUUAGUGAUGUUACCAUGGAAGAUUCUGGGCUGUAUCAGUGUAUAGCAGAUAAUGGGAUUGGAUUUAUGCAGUCUACUGGGAGACUUGAAAUUGAAAAAGACAAUGGAUUCAAGCCAGUUAUAAUUACAGCACCAGCAAGUGCAAAGGUGGUAGAUGGAGAUGUUGUUACUUUGUUCUGCAAUGCCACUGGACUGCCAGUUCCAAUCCUUCGUUGGUAUGACAGCCAUGGGUUGAUAACCAGCCACCCAUCUCAGAUCCUUCGAUCUAAAUCCCCAAGAUCACACUUAGCGAAGCCUGAAGCUGUUAACCUGGACCCUGCUUACUUCGUAAUGUCGCGAGCUGGCUUAAGUUCUCUCUAUAUUCAGGCUGUUAGUCAGAAACAUGCUGGGAAAUACAUCUGUGAAGCUACAAAUGAACAUGGUACGGUGCAGUCAGAAGCAUUCCUCACAGUUGUUCCAUUUGAAACAAAUACAAAAGCGGAAGCAGUGACGCUCUCAGAUGCUGCUCAGAGUGAUGACAGAGCUAAAAGAUCUGGUUCGGAAGCUAGGUUUUACAGCUCAUCUCUAAAGAAGUUACGUUCCAGCACGGUGGAAUUUUCAGCAGAGAAAAACGCUACCAGUGCCUCUGUUCCCGAUGCACCCAUUAUCCUGAGCCCUCCACAGACCCAUACACCAGAUACAUACAACCUGGUCUGGAGGUCUGGGAAGAAUGGCGGGUUGCCUAUCAAUGCCUAUUUUGUGAAGUAUCGAAAGCUUGACGAUGCUGUUGGUGUGGUGGGAAGCUGGCAGACAGUUCGAGUGCCAGGAAGUGAAAAUGAGCUCCAUUUGACAGAACUGGAGCCAUCUAGUCUCUAUGAAGUUUUGAUGGUAGCCAGAAGUGCAGCAGGAGAAGGACAGCCUGCCAUGCUAACCUUCCGAACUAGCAAAGAGAAAACAGCCUCAUCCAAAAACACUCAGGCAUCUGCUCCACCCAUGGGAGUCCCUAAGCAGCCUGUUGAUUCAGAGGCAGUAAACAACAACUUUGGAGUGGUGCUUACAGAGUCCUCUAGACAUAGCGGAGUUCCAGAGGCCCCAGACCGACCUACUAUCUCUACAGCAUCAGAGACCUCAGUCUAUGUCACAUGGAUUCCGCGGGCAAAUGGGGGUUCUCCCAUCACUGCCUUCAAGGUGGAGUAUAAAAGGAUGCGGAAUAGUGAUUGGCUGGUGGCAGCUGAAGACAUCCCUCCUUCCAAGCUCUCUGUGGAAGUUCGUAGUCUAGAACCAGGUUCAACAUACAAAUUCAGGGUCAUUGCCAUCAACCAUUAUGGUGAAAGCUUUAGGAGUUCGGCUUCUCGACCUUAUCAGGUGGCUGGGUUUUCUAAUCGAUUUUCCAACCGUCCAAUAACUGGGCCUCACAUUGCAUACACUGAAGCUGUCAGUGAGACUGAGAUCAUGCUGAAGUGGACCUACAUUCCAUCAAGUAAUAAUAACACUCCCAUUCAAGGAUUUUAUAUAUAUUACCGGCCAACAGAUAGUGACAAUGACAGUGAUUACAAAAGGGAUGUUGUUGAAGGUUCAAAGCAGUGGCACAUGAUUGGCCACCUGCAGCCAGAAACCUCCUAUGACAUUAAAAUGCAGUGUUUCAAUGAAGGAGGAGAAAGCGAGUUUAGUAACGUGAUGAUCUGUGAAACCAAAGUGAAACGUGUUUCUGGAGCAUCUGAGUACCCUGUCAAAGACUUGAGCACCCCUCCAAGUUUCUCCGGAAGUGGAGGAAACGUUGGGCCUGCAACCAGCCCUACCAGAAGCAGUGAUAUGCUAUAUCUGAUUGUUGGUUGUGUACUAGGCGUCAUGGUCCUCAUUCUUAUGGUUUUCAUCGCAAUGUGUCUGUGGAAAAACCGCCAACAAAAUACCACACACAAAUAUGACCCACCAGGCUAUCUCUACCAGGGAUCAGAUAUUAAUGGGCAGAUGGUGGAGUACCCCACUCUGCCUGGCACAAAUCGGAUUAAUGGAACUGUUCAUGGGACCUUUAUACGGAAUGGAAAGCUCAGCGGUGGCUGCUCACACCUUCAUCAUAAGGUCUCCAAUGGAGUCAAUGGACUUGUGAAUGGGAGCUUAAAUGGAAGCCUUUACUCGGGGCACACUAACUCUCUAACCAGAACACAUGUGGACUUUGAACAUACUCAUCAUCUAGUGAAUGGUGGUGGAAUGUACACAGCAGUACCUCAGACUGACCCAUUGGAGUGCAUUAGCUGUCGAAAUUGCCGGAACAACAAUAGAUGUUUCACCAAAGCCAACAGUACUUUCAGCAGCAGCCCUCUCCCUGUGGUCCCAGUGGUUGCACCUUAUCCUCAGGAUAGUUUGGAAAUGAAGCCACUGAGUCACAUGCAGAUGCCUCAAUGUCUGACUUCCACAGUGCCUGAUUGUAGCCAGUUGUCUGAGGAGAGUGUCAAGGACAAUGUAGCACCAAUGCCUACCCAGCAUGCUUGCUGCCAAGACACUAGAAAUGAGAUCAACUCUGGUUGUACAAAAGAUACAGAAGAGUUCAACGGAGGAGAAAGUUGUGUCCAUUCAGAAACAGAGAGUACAACUUUAAGUUGUAAUCCUCUUCUUUCACCACCUGACUCAAAGGACUGUACUGAAAACACAGAAUGGUCUCCUCCUGGCAUUUCUUUGGACAGCCCUUCAGAGGUCUCCCAACAGCCGCAGGAAGCCUGA